UUCCGAAUUAAUCAUCACCCCUCGAAACACUUGAAGUAGUUAUGAAGCUCUUCAUACUAGCUAACUUCUUCAUCCUACUCUUCUUGUUCGGAGCUUCUACUUUCACUCUCACUCUCCUCUCAUUCUUCUUCUAUGCCUUCCUCUUCGUCCUAAACCACUACCUGGUUCCCGGAGGCUCUGCAUGGUCUGGUUACCGCCAUGCCCUGCGACUCCGGGGACCCGUAGGGUGGCCCUUAUUGGGUUCCAUACCAGACCAAAUGAAUGCCCUUGCUCAUCGUAAACUGGCUAGCAUCGCAGCUUCGUUGGAUGCAAAGAGACUCAUGGUGUACAGUCUAGGCAUGAGUACCCGUGUCAUCAUUAGCAGCCACCCAGAGACUGCUAAGCAAAUCCUAGGAGGGUCUUCCUUUUCCGACCGACCUAUUAAGCAGUCCGCUCGAGCGCUAAUGUUCGAGCGCGCUAUAGGGUUUGCUCCUUCCGGGGCAUACUGGCGACACCUGCGUAGGUUAGCGGCAGUCCACAUGUUCUCGCCGAAGAGAAUUGCUGGGCUGGAAGGGCUACGGCAGCACGUGGCGAACCGAAUGGUGGUGAGAGUGGAGGAGGAGAUGAAGGAGAGGAGAGUUGUGGGUGUGAAAGAAAUAUUGCAGGAGGGUUCUCUUAAUAACAUAAUUGAGAGUGUUUUCGGUUUAGGGUUAGAGAAGGAAGGUCGCUCUGACAUAGCGUUGACUCUGCAUGAUAUGGUAAAAGAAGGGUAUGACUUAAUUUCGAGGUUUAAUUUGGAGGAUUAUUUUCCUCUGAGGUUCUUGGACUUCUAUGGAGUGAAGAGGAAGUGUCACAACUUGGUGGCUAAGGUUAAGUGUGUAAUGGAUCAAAUUGUGGAGGAAAGAAAAAGAGCAGGAGGUUUCAGUGGUCGAAGUGACUUUCUCAGUGCUAUGCUAGCUUUGCCUGUGGAAGAUCAACUCAGUGAUUCAGACUUGGUUGCUGUUUUGUGGGAGAUGAUAUUUCGAGGGACAGACACUGUUGCCAUACUUCUUGAAUGGGUUAUGGCAAGGAUUGCCUUGCACCAAGACAUUCAAACCAAAGCACAAGAAGAGCUUGUUACAGUCGUCGGGAAUCAGAGGCACGUGAGGGAUUCCGACCUUUCAAAUCUACCAUACCUUCAAGCCAUAGUUAAAGAAGUGCUCCGGAUGCACCCGCCAGGCCCAUUAUUAUCAUGGGCCCGUCUUGCCGUGCAUGACGUUUAUGUUGACAAGCUGUUUGUGCCGGCUGGCACAACGGCUAUGGUCAACAUGUGGGCUAUAGCCCAUGACCCAGCCAUUUGGAAGGACCCGUGGGCGUUCAAGCCUGAGCGAUUCAUUGAAGAGGAUGUUUCGAUAAUGGGAUCAGACCUUAGGCUAGCACCCUUUGGUUCCGGCCGCAGGGUAUGCCCCGGCAAAGCACUAGGAUUAGCUACGGUGCAGUUGUGGCUUGCAAGGCUUUUGCACCAAUUCAAGUGGAUUCCGGCAGAGCCCGUAGACCUUUCGGAGCGCCUAAUGCUCUCCAUGGAAAUGAAGAAACCACUCAUCUGCCGCGUUGUCCCGCGUGGUGGCUUCACAAGCUAAUGAAUCUGGCUGGUUACUUAUAAGGAGAUUAUUAUGAAGUAUGAAUAAGAACAUGAUGCAUAGUAUAUGCAGAAAAUGUACAAUAUCUAGUGUGACUAAGAAAGUAUGAAGAUCAUCAUGUAGUAGGUUGUUUGCGCAUUAGGUAUCUGCAUGUAUUGUUAACAUAAAUCUAUAUGAAAGCUGGUUCAGUUU